CGAACCCCUGAGGCGGCUGCCGGCUCCCGCUCUGCCCCGCAGAGUCCAAGUCAAUGGGCCCUGACUAGACGCGAUAGGAGCGCUGGCUCCCCUGCUUCGGCCAAAAGGCUUGGCCUCAACACCGCCUCCUUCUCUGGCCACGCCGCGAGCUCCCCCUUUCGUAAACGGGCAACCAGCUGCAGGUGGAAUAGAAACCUAUUGAGAGACAAUGUCCAUUCCAUUCUCCAACACCACUCAACGCAUUCCUCCAGGAUUUGCAAAUCUGCUCGAAGGGCUUGCCAGGGAAGUCUUGAGGAGCCAGCCUGCGGAUAUACCAAGCUUUGCAGCCAAGUAUUUUGAAACUCUUCUCAUUGAAAGAGAAAAAAGUGGUUAUGAUCCAUGUGAAUGGGGAGCAAAAAUAGAGGACCGAUACUACAAUAACCAUGCCUUCAAUGAACUUGCACCACCAGGAGGUGGUGAUAAAGCAGAGGAGAAGAAGGAAGGAUCUGAUGCACAGCCAGAGGGAGGAGUGGAGAAACCAGCAGCAGGUAUGAGUGUUAUGAGCCUAACUGAAGAAGAGGCUGCUACAAAAAUUCAAGCCACAUACAGGGGAUACAGGACAAGGAGGAACACAAAAGGCACAAAAGAAGAAUUGGAAGAAGUGAGGGAGGAGGAGAAGGAACCGGGGAAGGAGGAAAAGCCAAGUGAACCGGAACAGAAAGAGCCACAGUAAUGCUACACAGCAACCUGCCAGCAGUCAAGUUUAGAAGUGGUGUAAGGCAAAGCCCCUGGGUCUGCUUUAGGAGCAUGUGUCACGUUUAUGAAAUAAACAAUAACCUUCAAAAAUG